CGGCCCUUCUUCCUGCGCGACGGCGACGCGACAGCGGUGACGCGACGACGCUGGGCCCCGCCCCUUCCGCACGCUGAUUGGAACCUGGGAGAAACGUCCAGCGCGUUACGUCAGCUCGCUCCCCGACGCCGCCGUCGGGGUUUUCGCUGACGCACAGGCCCCGCCCCCUCCGCCCUCCUCUUUGCCUGCGAUCCGGAGCCCCCGGCCGACAGAGCGUCAGUCGCCCGGAGUGCGGAGCCGUCUGCACGUCGCCGUGGAGGCUCUCGCUUCCGGGAACCGCGCAGCUUCCCCGGCGGCGGCCGCGGCCCAGGCAUCCGAGAGAGCGUCCCGCGGGCCCCUGCGUCCCGGUCUCGCCGCGCGCGCCCAGCUCUCCCUCAGCGGAGGCGUGUGGUGACGCCGAGCCGCCGCGGCCUGCGGUGCCCCCUCCCCCGGCCUCGCCCCGCCGCCGCGGCCCGAGCUCCGCCGCCACCGCAGAAGGAACAAAGGAGGCAGGCGGCGCCCCCUUCCCGCCCGCCCCCGGCUCGCGGCGGCGCCUCAGGGCGUCCGGUGCUCCCCGGAGGCCUCGGCCCGGCCGAGCCCGGUUUCUGCCCGCGUCCCGGCCCACGCAGACAAAUAUGGCUCAGGAGACUAACCAGACCCCAGGGCCCAUGCUGUGUAGCACAGGAUGUGGCUUUUAUGGGAAUCCUAGGACAAAUGGAAUGUGUUCUGUGUGUUACAAAGAACAUCUUCAGAGACAGCAGAAUAGUGGCAGAAUGAGCCCGAUGGGCACAUCUAGUGGUUCCAACAGUCCUACCUCAGAUUCUGCAUCUGUACAGAGGGCAGAGACUAGCUUAAACAACUGUGAAGGUGCUGCUGGCAGCACAUCUGAAAAAUCAAGAAAUGUGCCUGUGGCUGCCUUGCCUGUAACUCAGCAAAUGACAGAAAUGAGCAUUUCAAGAGAGGACAAAAUAACUGCCCCGAAAACAGAGGUGUCAGAGCCAGUUGUCACUCAACCCAGCCCAUCAGUUUCUCAGCCAAGUACUUCUCAAAGUGAAGAAAAGGCUCCUGAGUUGCCCAAACCAAAGAAGAACAGAUGUUUCAUGUGCAGAAAGAAAGUUGGCCUUACAGGGUUUGACUGCCGAUGUGGAAAUUUAUUUUGUGGACUUCACCGUUACUCUGACAAGCACAACUGUCCAUAUGAUUACAAAGCAGAAGCUGCAGCAAAAAUCAGAAAAGAGAAUCCAGUUGUUGUGGCUGAAAAAAUCCAGAGAAUAUAAAUUACUACUUGUGAAGAGACUGAAACUUUGUUUUUAUUUUAAUAUAUCGUAGGAAAACAUUAAAGAGCAGAUGCAUGGCCAUUUUC